UAGUUUAUUAAAUUCUGUAGUUAAGUACAAACUACUGAAAUAUUUAAUGUAGGUAUGUUCUUCAAACAAAAAGUUUAAAUAGAUUACAAUUGACACACAUGCUUUUGUUGUGUUGUUGUUCGUGUUUAUUUAUUUUGUUCAUAAGGCCGACAGUUCACAACCGAAAUAUGGAUAAUAAAGAACAUACUUAAUUUAAUAUUAUAAUACGUUUGGUAGUAUAAUAAAACAUUAAUUUAUAAAAAAAAUAUUAAUCCGAGAUUAUAGCUACAUAUCAAAACUAUAUGUCGCUCACCAAGAAACUAACUCGAUUUUUCGUGUAAAGCCUCAUUUUGUGAUUCACAAUAUUAUCGACUUUUUAAAUCUAAUAUAUCCAUCCGAUAUUAUUAUCUAAAGUGGAACGUGAGAAUUUUAAAUUUUCGACACAGGUACGAUCUUUGUGUUACUUAUUUCGAGAUUAUCACAUAGGCGACGUUAUAAUCAUAACACUACGAGUUAGCGAUCCAUUCAUGCGCAUUUAUCAGUGAUAACAAUUACUUUAUCACGUGAGGACGUUAUAGUGAAAUACAGUUAUAUAUAGUGUAAUACUGUAAUAAAACAUUGCCGUCGGGAGGGAUAAUGGAAGAGUUUUUCGGAAAGAAGUAUGUACUGACAAAACAUGAGAAUUUUGAAGAUUACCUUUCACAUAUUGGUGUCGGAUACAUCGGUCGCAAACUAGCCCUUACUCUCAAACUAGUGCAGUCUCUAUCGCGCAAUGAAGAUGGAACUUAUCUAUUCAAUAUUCACACGACUAUUUUCAAUUGGGACAUCGUGUUCACGCCCGGAGUGGAAUAUGACGAGAAGAAACCAGACGGCACUGUUAUACGAGCGAUCAUGACGUUAGAAGGCAACGUGUUGACGCACAUACAGAAACACGCGGCAGGAAGGCACGCCACACACGUCAUAGAAUUCUUCCCGGAUAAAAAUAUUAUAAAAACCACCGCACAGGGUUUUGACAAAACAUGCACACGAUAUUACAAAUUGGUGGAGUAAAAAGGCCUACUACGUGUGGGAAUUUGUGUUAUGUAAAUAAUAAUUAUUGAUAGGAAAGAAAACAGAUAAAUAAAUAGCAUUUAUAUAUUUUCAAGCAAACCAGAAAAAAAGGGAUAUUCAUAUUAAUUUAUAUUUUAAUAUAGAAAAUAAACUUAUCUCAUACCUAAAAGCAGUGUUUUUCAUUUAGUAAUUUAUGUAUGUUUUCAUUUGUACUUCAACCGAUUGAGCUGAAUUUUUGUACACACGUUUAGUUUGGAUGACAAUGCAUUUAUUAUGAUAAACAUGACCUGAUGGUGUACCCAGGAACGUCUCCACACGUGGGAUCUUCUCAACGGUUUACUAACUGCAAGGACAUGAUUUUUUUUCACACAUUGAAUGCAAUAAGAUCUCUCUGAUAACAAUAAAAGCUUGUGUUAAAAUGCCAUUAUUGUAAAAAAAACUUUUUUGCUUUUGAAAUAUAAAACAGAAUGGUCAAGAUUGAUUGAUACACAUCCCCUGUUACGAGCCAAGAGUCACCUCCUUCUUGUUGCUAUUACAUUUUAGCAAACAGUUAAAUUUUAAAAAGUGUGAUAUCUGUCGAUGUGAUAAAUAAAAAAAUAAAGAAUAUACAUAUCCUGGUUAUUUUUAUUGUGCUGCGACAAUGACGUAGUGCCAAUAUCAAAACGAAAGUUCUUCGUUUCGUACCUAUCACGUUUAUAUUCUCUAAAACUACCAGUUAGAUUUGAUUUUUUAAAAAUCUGACAGCUCAAUCAUAGAUUGAAGAAGUUUAUUGUCCGCCUUUUGUUUAAUUUAAAGACGGGGGUGAAGAGAAAUGCAAGGUAACCCACCUGCGCACGAGCGUUAAAAACGCUCCUGACGUUACGUGACGUUGGCAUUUUUAAAUUACCGAUUCGACAUAAGUGACAUUUGACAUUCAACCUACUUAAAGAGUAAUAAAAAUUUGUUACAUUAAAAAGCGAUCAUGUUGAACUGAUUUAUUGCACUCAUAUAUUCUACUCAAGUGCUUUUUAAACGCACAUUGAAAUUGAAAAGCAAGACAAGACUUCUAGCUUUAACGCAACUCGUGUGAGU